AGUCCUAGUGGGUGGGCAGGGUACUAUGUGAUUUGGUCAUAUGCCCAUGAAAUUGGUACUGCUCCAGGUUAUUAAAAACUUCUAAAGGAUGAAGUCCUUUAGCUCAACCCUUUAUCUUCCAUACACACAAGUACCAGCCAGCUCCUGAAGAUGAAAUGCUGCAAACCAUAGCAACAGAUGUAAAAAUAUCAUCACAUGUGCCUUUUAUAGGCCAGGGAAGGUUCAUUAUGAAUUAAUGGGCUUGAAGAAGUGUUUACAGAAGGGUUAGUCAAAGGUGUAGAGGGAUGAAUAUGAAAGCAACAGUGGCACAAUGGUAAGUGACCCUUGUGCUCCAGUUCCUAGCCAGGUGUUCACUCCACUACACUGGUCAGAUUGUCAGACUCCCCCAAAUGGAAGGCUUUAUGGUGCCAGCGUUUUUAUCUAUGAUAUCCAUCCUUGAUCCUGGCAAAUGGAGCAUACAAUUGUGCUUUCUUUAUUGAUUCACUUCAUUGACCAAGGGCAUACCCCAUUACAUUCAAAUAUAAAUGGGUCUUUUUCUUCUUGAAGGAAUCUUGAACCUCUGUUCUGAGAACUCUCCUCUCCAUGAUGGCCCCACGCAGGAAACUGUUUUAUUUUGUUGUUGCUUUGUUCUUCGUUUUGGCUCAAUUUCCAUCAGGGUGCCGAGCAGGACUUGAUUAUUACAAGUCACUUCCAGGAGGUGAGUUUGCUGUUUGUGAGACCUGCAGGCUUGGUCGGGGCAAAUGCAGGAAGAUAUGCCUGGAGAGCGAGAAGAUUUAUGGAAACUGCAGGCUGAACUUUCUCUGUUGCCGACCGAGGAUCCUGAGAUAGCCGACAAGGCUCUUGGCCUUACAGACAGGUCAGGAUGGAUCUUCAAGGUCAAGAGAACUAUGAUGCUCGAUCAAGUCACAUUGUGAGUGUUUCAAGAUCUUUCUCAUUCCCUUCUUUCCUUGUUUUGGUUUCCUUGCCUAGUUUUCAUUUUAAGAUGAUCUUUUUUAAAAGAAUCAAGACCCGAAUGAGGAAGGAAUGGCUACUCACUGAAACAGGGAUUGCUGUGUGUUUGUGGAGUGCCUUAGAAUUUAUGAAUUACUUUUCUGUGCUUUCUCACAGGACUCAAGAUUAUGUUCUAAGGUAUGUUUUAUUAUUCUGAUUUGUCUUUUAAAAAAUUGAGACCCGAGGAGGUUGUCAUUUACUCAGAGACGCAGCUGGGAGCCAAUAAUGAUGUGGGGAUGAGAGUCAAGUCCAGCAUGUCCCACUCUGCAUGUACAAGUUUCCGUAGAAUUAAUAGAUAAAUGGAAGCAGAUGCACAUCUGUUAGUGAGUUGAGUCUACGUAAUAAAAUCAAUUAUUUUUAUCCACUGUAUUUUUUGAUAUUAUAAAUAUAUAUUGUCUUCAUUGAUUCCAGUAUUUAAGUAUUUUUAUAACCACUCCCAUCUAUUUAGUUAAUGCCAGUGGCACAAAUUUUGUAUUUUUGUUCUUGCCUGUGACAGAAAAUGGUUAGAGAUUAAUUUGAAAUGUUCAGCAUAGGAUGUAAGUAAGUAAAUGAUUGACUAUGUAAAGUUUGCCUGGUGUAAUAUAA